AUGGCGCGUCACUGCCACGUAGAAAACGUGUACGCGCUUUUAAACUACUGAACAUAACACGUAUACUUUAUUUUUACACAGCACGUUUUGAGUCCGGUGUUCGGUAAUAAGACGCCAUGCUGCUGUCGGUGUUGAGCUGGCUCUGUUCCGCCCUCAUGGCGGACGUCUACGGCGGAACACUGGCCGAAGCCGAGGUGAAGAUAGAAGUUCUGCACAAACCUUUCCUGUGUCGCCGUCAGUCCAAAUAUGGAGACAUGCUGCUCGUCCACCAUCAAGUAUACUUUGAGAAUGGAACCUUGUUUCAUGACAGUCGCGCUAACUCUGCUGAUGGCGACAAACACGCCAUGUGGUUCACGUUGGGCAUCAGGGAGGCGGUCGCAGGCUGGGACAAAGGCCUGCAGAGCAUGUGUGCUGGAGAGAAGAGGAAGCUGACCAUACCUCCUGCCCUCGCUUUUGGGAAAGAAGGCAACGGUAAAAUCCCUCCUGAAAGCACUCUGAUCUUCAUGGUCGAGCUGCUGGAGAUCAGAAACGGGCCCAGGUCGCACGAGUCCUUCCAGGAGAUGGACCUGAACGACGACUGGAGGCUUUCCAAAACUGAGGUGAAAGAAUACCUGAGGAAGGAGUUUGAGCGCCACGGCUACCCUCCCAACGACACCGUGCACGAGAACAUGGUGGCGGACAUUUUUGCCAAGGAAGACGAGAACAAAGACGGCUUCAUAUCCUCCAGGGAGUUCACUUACAAACACGAUGAACUUUAAUCACGCGUUUUUGCCAGCUCAUCCGGAUGUUUUUGGCGGCCCCAACAAGAAAUUUCAAAGUCGACUUAAAAGCGCUCCCUUAAAAAAUAUU